AUGGCCGCCGUGGCAUCGCAGCCGCCGCAUGGCCAGCAGUAUUACCAGCAGCAAUCCCCUGCAACCGCAUCGCCCGCCUCGCAGCGCCGACACGCCCAGCGACCGAGCAAUGGCGCGUCCCCAAACACCCCGGCCACACCGCAGACGCACCACUCGUCCGCCGCAACCACCCCCCGCGCCCAACCACUGCCUCCCUCGACCCAGAACUCGCCCGCCGUGAACAGCACCGCGACGGCAGGUGGCCCAAUGCCGCCUCCACGUUCAUCCUCGCACCGCACCCCGGCCGGCUCAUCACAGCGCGACGACUCUGCACGCCGGAGAGAGAAAGAGAGCCCCCGCCAGCCCGCCAGCUCCAGCAGGUCGCAGCCCCAGCACAGCAGAUCCGCCUCCGCCGUGGGUCAGACGCCCGCCGGAACCAGCCUGCCCCGCGAAGAGAGCACAGUCAUCAACCGCAUAGUGGUCGCUGACCCGCAAGAAGACAUCGCCCGUGCAGAGGCGCGGCAAGCAGAAGGCCGCUCGGGCGCAUCCGGCGCGGACCUGACUCCAAUCACGGGACUCGGUCUCGUUGGCAGCGAGGGCGUCGACGAUGGCGGCCGUGGAGCAGGAAGGAGCCGACAAGAUCACUCCAAAUCUGAAAACGCUAAGCGUAGCAAGUUUGGCAACUACAUCCUUGGGCAGACGCUCGGCGAGGGUGAGUUUGGCAAGGUCAAGAUGGGGUGGAAGCGGGACAGCACCGUCGAAGUCGCUAUCAAGCUCAUAAGAAGAGAAACGCUCGGCAGCAACUCGAAUCGAUUGGCCAAGAUCUACCGCGAGAUCCAGAUCCUGCGCCAGCUAGACCACCCUAACAUCGUCCGGCUACACGAAAUGGUCGAGACCGACCGACACAUUGGUAUCAUCCUGGAAUACGCGUCCGGUGGUGAACUCUUCGACUACAUUCUCAACCAUCGCUACCUCAAGGACGGCCCUGCGCGGAAGCUCUUUUCCCAGCUCAUCUCUGGUGUGGGCUACCUCCACCGCAAGGGUAUUGUGCACAGGGAUCUCAAGCUUGAGAAUCUGCUGCUCGACCGCAACAAGAACAUCAUUAUCACUGAUUUCGGGUUUGCCAACACAUUCGACCCCAAUGAUGAGCUCGGCGAGGAAGUCGAGUACCGCUUGGGCGACAAGGACUUUAUCAAAUCUCUUGGCCUCGACGGAAGCGAUGCAUCCCGCCGUGGUGACCUCAUGCAGACCAGCUGCGGAAGUCCAUGUUAUGCCGCGCCUGAGCUGGUCGUCAGCGAUUCCUUAUACACUGGUCGCAAGGUCGAUGUAUGGAGCUGUGGUGUUAUUCUGUACGCCAUGUUGGCUGGCUAUCUGCCAUUCGACGACGAUCCAGCGAACCCGGAGGGUGACAACAUCAACCUACUCUACAAGUACAUCGUUUCAACACCACUUACAUUCCCCGAAUACGUCACACCACACGCCAGAGACCUUCUUAAGCGGAUACUCGUACCUGACCCAAGAAAGCGUGCGGAUUUGUUCGAGGUGGCGCGUCAUAGCUGGUUGGCCGAUUACUCGCACGUGGUUGGGUUCAUUACAUCCAGCAACACCGCAGCGAAUGAGGCCCAGCAGGCGUCUGUCUACUCUAGCAGUAAGGAUUUCGUCGACAUAGGACGAAUUGAAACUAACACGCCUGCAGAAGACACGUUCGAACAGCAACCUCCUCUCGCUAGAAGCGCUUCGGUCCGCGAACCCGGCAAACCACACACAGCCGUUGCUCCUGCACCCGGUGGUCUCACUGCGAAGCGGGAGCAAAUCAAUUCACCACCCUCGGAGAAGCCGAAGACCACACGCGACAACAAGCGGAGAACAGUGCAAGUCGAAUAUGUGGCACCGCAGUCGCAGACCCAACGUGGCGAGGCAUCACCACCAAAUGCCGCCGCUGGACCCUCACGAGUACCGGACGAGGCGCACGCUACGGAUGGCUAUUCAUCGUCGACUGGCACUAAGCAACGAUCUGGUGUGCCCAUUCCUGUUGGCCGUCCCCGACAGGAACAAUCUCAGCGCUCAGUCUCCGACUACACAGCCUUUGGAAGUGCGCCACAGGGCUCUGCUGUUCGUCCGUCUACUGGCGGUGCUCUUGGUGCAGGCAACCGCCUGCCCUCGAGAGGAAACUCAUAUGGCCAGCCAUCUUUGGCAACUGUUGCUCCAACCAACGCCGAGGGCCGCUUUUCGCAGCCAAAGGGCAAAAACUACUCUAUCUCAGCGCCAUAUGUCCAGCCCGAACAAGCUGGUGCGGUAGACGAGAGCAUUGGCCAGCCUAGCACGCAGCGAGGACAUUCGAUCCAGCUCGGACCAUCAGGCCAACACGGAAAGGGUGGACACAAGAGGUCGAACACUGUCACCGAGACUUUGGGACGCAUGACCUCCAUGUUCUCUGGUCGCCAGCCAUCAUACUCGCAGGACCCCAAGGAGUCGUUGACUUCGCAAAACUCAUACGCGCCCUACCCGGAGGAGAAGAAGCAGAGAAGCUAUCCUCCCACUUCCAUGGCAGCUCCCAUUUCGAAUGAUGCCAUUUCAGCCGGUAGACAAAGCACCGAUUCCGGUCGGCGAUCGUUCGGCUUCAACCGCAGAAACACCAACAAUUCCAAUGAGACGGGCAAGCCAUCUCGCCGCUUCUCGCUGCUCCCGUCUUCGCUUUCCAAGACUUUCUCCUCGCAGCAGCGCGACAGCAUGCCCGCCAAGUCUUCCCAUCACGAACGCAGGGAUUCAAGUGCUCGUCCUCGUGCCACCUCCAAGCCUGGAAUGGCGUUUGGCCGUGGAGACUCUCGCUCUCCCAGCCAAAGCACCACGGGUAGUAUCCGCCCAGGCUUCUACGAUGGCCACCACGACAGCAACAGCCGGAUUCGCAACGCCAACGCCGCAGGCCCUAGCUCAGCGCCCGCGCAGCAAACGCAAUUCGACUAUCCGCCCACCGCCCCCAUUGGCGACGAAAAGUUCCCCAACCCCAGGGAUCCUCAUCCGUCCCAACAUGGGCGCAGGCCAACAGACGACUCGGACUUGGAUGACCAACGGAACCCGUACCCACAGGGCAUGGGCGGAGACGACCAGCAGCAACGCAAGGGCGUGCUGCAGAAGAGCAGGAAGUUCCAAGACGCAUACGAAGAUGGAAGCGGGAACAAGGGGGGAUCCUCCGGAAGUUCGAAGCGCGUCAUGGAUUUCUUCAGGCGCAUGGGCAAGCAGAGGACUGGCGGGCGGUAG